AUGCCUUCAUUUAAUUCCGCGUCAAAGACGCUUACGCGCUUGUUUUCGUGUCGGGAUUUAUUCCAGCGGCGGAUAAUAAAGAAUACUGAUUACAAUCAGAUUAGGUGCUUCAGAAUAAUUGGGGGGUCAAAUGCAUUUUCUUCCGACAAUAAAUCCGCAGUCGCUGGAUACUGGAAUUAUAAUUUACGGGAAUCGAGAAUUUUUCCGAACAAUCAUAUUGUUAUUGUCCAGAAAAGAGGAUUUUUGGGGUGUGGUGAUGGCGAAGAGGGGAAUAUGUUAGCUAAAGUCCACGAAGAGAGACGUGUUUUGGGAUAUUCGCCAGAGCAAUUAUUUGCUGUGGUUGCUGCUGUUGACUUGUAUGAGGAUUUUGUUCCUUGGUGUCAGCGAUCAGAGAUAAUUCGACACCUUCCCAAUGGGUCGUUUGAUGCUGAGCUAGAAAUUGGUUUUAAAUUUCUUAUUGAAAGUUAUGUAUCCCACGUGGAGUUAAAGAAACCAAAAUAUGUAAAGACAACUUCUUUCCAAAGCAGCCUUUUUGAUCAUUUGAUUAACAUCUGGGAAUUUAAUGAGGGACCUGUUCCAGGCACCUGCAACCUUUAUUUCUUGGUGGACUUCAAGUUUCAAUCACCAUUUUAUCGACAAAUGGCAAAUAUGUUCUUCAAGGAAGUGGCCUCCCAAUUAGUUGGUUCAUUCAAUGACCGUUGUAAACUGAUAUAUGGACCUGGGGUCCCAGUUCAUGAAAAUACUUCUGAACAGAGAUCGUGA